AACAAAAUAAAUCUCUCUAGUAUUGUCAGCUCCUAUUUUAACUUGCCGUUGAUGCCACUUGAUGUCAUAAAUGUUUCAAACUUUAGAAGGCUACUUAUGGCAAUCUUUUCAUAAAAUUUUAUCACUGGCUGAAAAGAAUGCCACUGCAUAUAUGAGCUGUAGGUGCAGUGAGCUCCUUUUGUGUGGUUGUGAAUAUGAGAUUCUACUCUUAGGAUAUUGUUUUUCAUAAAUCACAAGAGAUGGAUGAUAACUUUUUCUCAUGGAAUAGAUGAGAAAUGAACUUUAGCGUUACAGGAAUUCAUCUUUGAAAGCUCUCUAUCAUAAAAGAUAAGGGAAGCUAGUAGGGAAGUUGAUAUUAUUGGUGGGACGGAAGGGCCAUGUUAUUGAUGUCACUGUAGAAAGGGGUAGCACACUCUUCUGCCUUAGUAUUUCUAAUUAUCAAGUCUCUGUACUACUUUCCAUUUGGUACAUUAUUUCACAUUGGCUUGUCGUAUUAGAGGGUACCAUAUUAUAUAAACUUCAGUAAUAAAUAAACGUUUUAAGUCUUGCUAAUUGCUGUCUAAAAUAGUAUGUUGAUUGGCAUUGCCAUGCAAAUUAUGUAUCUGGGCUUCUAGUCUCUUCCUAUACGGUCAACAGAGCCAGCCAUACUUACAUCAAUGGUCGGGGAAAAGGUUAAAUGCAGAAAGGCACUCAAGUUUUUCUACCUCCUGCAUACACUCAGAAGCCUAUGUGCAUGCUCCGAUUCUUCUCCGACUCCUUCAAAGUGGGUGUACGCCGUCUUUUGGAGGAUUCUUCCCAGAAAUUUUCCACCUCCAAAGUGGGAUCAUGGAGGCGGCCUCCUCGAUCGAGCUAAGGGAAACAAGAGGAACUGGAUUCUUGUUUGGGAAGACGGGUUCUGUGAUUUUUUUGAGUGCGAAAGAGCUGGAAAUGGAUUCGGGAGGAGAAGGUUUGGAGCUGAUAUCUUCUUCAAGAUGACUCAUGAAGUCUACAAUUUUGGAGAGGGAUUGGUGGGUAAAGUUGCAUCAGAUAAUAGCCAUAAAUGGGUGUUUAGAGAUACCCCAACAGAAAAUGAUCCUACCUUCAUUUCUUCAUGGAAUGUAUCCAUUGAUCCACCAAGAGCAUGGGAGGCUCAGUUCAGCUCAGGCAUUGAGACUAUCGCGCUAAUAUCAGUUCGAGAAGGUGCAAUCCAACUAGGCUCAUUUGAUAAGGUUGAUGAAGACCUCAACAUGGUGCUAAAUAUACAGAGAAAGUUCAGCUACCUUCAGAGCAUACCAGGCAUAUACAUGACACAGAGGCCAAACCAUCCCAUUCACAAUCCACAGCUCGACUACAACACUGCCCCGAGACUUAUGCAGGCGACUGCAACGCUAAGUGACAAGCAUCAGAUGAUAGGUUUCGAAAGGCAAAACUGUUUAGGAUAUAACAACAGUCCACAAAUCUGCAGCGCUGAAGCAUCACCCUUGUGGUCUAUUCCACCCCUUUUGCCCUCCAAUCUUGGGCCGUUUCUCCCAAAGGCUCCUUCAGCACCGCUUCCAUACUACGGCCCUCAAGGCUUUGUUCAUGGCGACAUCUUGCUCAACAGCAACAGCAACAGCAUCACUCUAAAGAGCCACAAGUUAGAGGGUGUCGCGUCCUUCGAUGACAAUAUUGAUGUUGUUAAGGUGGAAGCCGGAGGCGGGCAAGAAGAGGGAGUUGGUGAAGAAAAGCAUAGCCAGACUAUGAGAUUGGAAGAUGGGGUGCUGGCUUUAGGAUUUGAACUUCAUAGAGGAGCACAAAAAUGUUGCAAAUCUUGAUCCAUUGAGGCAUUAUGUCAAUGCCAUUAUAUUGUUACUAGCAUUAUUUUUGUCCCUAGCUUCAUCGUGUGCAAGGAAUUGUUCAUAUUGUUAUACAGAGCAAUAAUACUAAGUGAUUAUCUUCUA